CCUAAUUGUUGUGAUAAACUUAUUAAAUAGAUCUGUUUCUGGUUGUCCAUUCUUGAGGCAAGUUCGAAACUCAAGAUGCUUGCUCGCAGAAUUUCAACGAAAUUUCCGAAAAAUGUGGCCAAAAACAGUACACGAUUGUAUGCAUCCGGAUCAAGAAUCUCACCUGGACUAAAAUUAUCAGCCUCUACUAUUAAGAGAAAGAACGAGAGGUCGUUUUAUGGCGAGGCAAGCGGUAAAACAGGAGGAAGCAAAGGAAGCGAAGUUGUCCCCAAGAAAGUGACGAUUCGAGAUAUUGACGCUAAAUACAGAAGCAAAACUCCUAUUGUUAUGAUAACAGCUUAUGAUAUUGUUACUUCGAGGUGUGCGCAUAUGGCUGAAGUGGACAUGAUUCUGGUGGGAGACAGUGUGGGCAUGGUAGUCUAUGGAGACCCAGGUACGAAUGGAGUCACUAUUGAGGACAUGAUUAGACACUGCAAAGCAGUCACCAAUGUCACCACUCACCGAAGAUUCACCCCCUUCAUUGUGGGAGACAUGCCAUUCUCAGCAUACCUUACGCCUAAGGACGCAGUUAAGAAUGCGGCCCGUCUGGUGUCUGAAGGGUUAGUUGAUGCUGUGAAGAUGGAGGGAGGAAGGAGGAUUGAGCCCAUGCUCAGAGCUGUUCUGAGGGCGGGAAUACCUGUCAUGGGCCAUGUGGGUCUCACCCCUCAGACUGCUGCGUCAAUGGGAGGAAUGAAGUUGCAGGGUAACUCAGCAGAAGCGGCCUACGACAUCUACGAGAACGCGACUCACUUGGCUGAUUCGGGCUGCUUCUCUGUAGUUUUGGAGGCCAUCCCUCACAAGGUUGCCACACACAUCACGCAGAGUUUGGAUGUUCCUACUAUUGGAAUCGGGGCUGGUCCUGGAUGUUCUGGACAGGUACAGGUGUUCCACGAUAUUGCAGGCAUGUUCCACCGCUUUGUGCCCAAGUUCUCCAAAAGAUUCGCUCUCGUGGGUCGACAGCUGGAGGCGGCAGUCGAGUCAUACAGAGAUGAGGUAACCCUGGGAGCCUUUCCGAUGAAACACAAUUCAUUUGCGAUUUCCCAGAUGCAGUUUAAAAAGUACCUGCUAAAGACAGAAGGUGAACAAGAGUCACCAGAAGACGAAUCCAACUCGACAAGAACUACUUCAGAAAACCCCGUAAACGGCAGUAAUGGUAUUUGUGUCGGCAACUCAAUUGUGAGUGCACAACGGAAGAAGAAUUUGAAGAUAUCGGUAAUUGGAGCCGGUGCUAUGGGUUCUCUGGUUGCGGGAAAGUUGGUUAAACAUGGAGGUUAUGAUGUGACGUUGAUAUCAUCUUGGGAAGAACACGUCAAAACAAUCAGCCAAUCAGGACUGCUGAUUAAAGCCCUUGUCAAUGAUGGGAUUGUGGAAGGCGAACUGAUCAAAGCGUCCGCUGCAAAGUCUUUCCCCAAGGAAGAGCCGGCUGAAGGAGUGCUGCGUGUAACUUCUCCAUUCCACACCCUCUUCAAUCCUCCAAAAAGAGAAAUAGAAGGGGGAGACGAAUAUGUGAGUGCAGACGUAGUGUUCAUCCUGACCAAAGGUCACAGCACGAGGAGUGCGGCCAGGACUGCUGCCACUAUCAUCGGACCUGGUUCCCUUGUGGUCACACUGCAAAACGGAAUGGGACAUGCAGAAAGAAUAAGGGAGGAAAUAGGAGAUAUGGCAACCAUUAUUGAGGGAACCAUAUCACAUGGGGCGUUGUUAGAGGGACCAGGUGCUGUAUUCCACACUGGACUGGGAUCCACAAUCAUAGGCAGCAGCAAAGCGCAGAACUUCGUGCCAUCAUCUGCAACUAGACUCGUAUCAGAGAUUCUGAAUAAAGCUGGGUUCGAAACAGUCAUCGCCGAUAAUCCCGGAAAAUUGAUGGAAUCACAGUGGAUGAAGCUAGCUGUAAACUCCACUAUCAACCCGCUGACUGCAGUUUUGGGGGUGAAAAAUGGCGACCUCAUUGGCAGCCCAGACAUACAAGACAUAUCUACGAAACUGGCGCAGGAGUUUAUGGCGGUGGUGAAGGCGAGAAAUGGCUUCUCCUUUCCACUUGAUAAUGUAGAUGAGGUUUUGAAAGUGGUGUUUGAUGUGGCGAAUAAAACAAAGCUGAACACUUCGUCAAUGUUGUCAGAUCUGAACAGAUGCGUGCAAACUGAAAUCGACUACCUCAACGGAUUUCUAGUUCGCGAGGGAAGACGACUCAACAUUCCAGUCUCGUGCAACGAGACACUGACUAGUCUAGUGAAGGCAUUCGAGAGCUCAAUUAAACUGAAGAAGAAACUGGAAGAGGAUACAGUUGAUUAUCCAGAGUCGUGCUGUGAGGUCAAGUCGCACCACCAGACUAUGCUGGUCAAGUCCAUUCCACAGUUCAGAUCGGUGUCCAGUAAUUUCGCCAAAUCUGGUAAGAAGGUGGGAUUUGUGCCGACGAUGGGAGGUCUUCAUGAAGGUCAUCUGACUCUAAUCAGAGAGUGCAAGAGGAAGUGCGACGUCACAGUCGUGUCCAUAUUCGUCAAUCCACUCCAGUUCGCCCCUCACGAAGACUAUGACUCAUACCCGAGAGAUCUGACUCGUGACUUUGAAUUGCUGCAGGCAGAAAAGGUAGACUUCAUUUUUGCCCCCGAAGCAUCUGAACUGGUUGCCAAUUCCCAAGAAGUCAGUUUGAUUGUCAAAUCUUCCGAUUGCAAACCAGAAGGCGCGAGCCGGCCACAUUUUUUCCACGGCGUUGCCACAAUAGUGUUGAAACUAUUCAAUAUUGUAAAACCAGAUGUGGCUUAUUUUGGGCAAAAAGACGCACAACAAUGUUCAACAAUAAAACAGAUGGCGGCUGACUUGAACGUGGAUUGCGACAUUGAGAUUUGCGACACGGUUAGGGAAGCGGACGGUGUGGCGAUGAGCACGAGGAACAGUUACCUGUCACAAGAAGAGAGGAAAGUGGCCCCUGUGAUUUACAAAUCGCUUCAGGCAGCCGAGAAUUUAGUCAAACAGGGUCAACAUGACGUCUCAGCUUUGAAACAAGCUAUCGAGCAUAGCCUCUCGUUGGAACCCAUGUUCAAUCUGUCCUACAUUGCAAUCAGUGAUAAUUACUCUAUGGAAGAAGUAGAAGAGCUAGGUCACAGUCUGGACAGAGAAGGUGUAUGUAUUUCAAUUGCGGGCAAACUGGGAAAGACAAGACUAAUUGACAACAUUGUGAUCCAGUCUGCGAAAUUAUGAACCUGAGUUUAAACUUCAGCAUCACUUCGAGCUUUGUUGUAUUUCAGUUUUGACGCUUCUAGCUCGAACUCUUGAAUAUCAAGGACUGUAAAUGCAAUCUACUUAAUUUAAUUCAAAAAAUGGAACGACAUAAAAAUGGUUGUAUUUGUUCAUUAAGGGAAAUUGAA